AUGGAAUCCCCACUUACCCGCCGGAAUCCACCAACGCCGAUCCCCUCGCCACGCCUUGCUCGGAGCAGAAGUGGAAGUGAAAAUAAUUCAAUCACAAUCAACAGCAGCCAAAAAUUCAAUUCUGAGAGAUAUACUUCCCGAGCAAAAUCAACUACUAGAUCAUCAAGAAACACACAAAACGAAGAAAAUACGAAGAAACCAUCAUCAAAAUUACUUCAAAAAAAGUCUACUAAUAACAAUGAUGAUGAUAAUCGUAGCAGUAGUGGCAAAGAUGGGUUCGUUAGGUUCUUGCAGCGGGAAAAUCCACGUAAUUCUCAUGCAGCAACUACUAAUAAGAUGAUUGUAAAGGCGGCUUCAAAGUCCCCGUCAGCUUGGGCUUUAUCGCCAGGAAGGUCGACACUGUUUAAUGUGUUGCCGUCACCGGAGUUGUUGCCGUUUACUAUUGGCGGAGAAGAGAAAAAGAAGAAAGUCAAGAGUGGUGGCGGGGCAGUAAGUGGAGUUCUGAAGUACUUUAAGCAAAAGAAAUUGUGUUCAGUGCAAGAAAAAGAGUAUCUGAAAUUUAGGGUUUUGCAUAAUAGGCUAUUGCAAUGGAGAUUUGCUAAUGCCAAGGCUGAUGCUACUAUGGCCUACAUGAAGAAAAUUGCAGAGGAAAGGUUAUUCCAUGUUUGGCUAAGAAUCUUGAAUUUAAGGAAUAUGUUAUUAGAGAAGAGAACUCAAAUGGUGAAACUGAAGAAUGAGGUCAAAUUAUACCAAAUUAUUAAUCCACAAAUGAAUUUGCUGACUGAAUGGCCAAAAAUAGAGAAAAAAAAUUGUGAAGCAGUGAGCAGAGUGACCAGAAAACUGUCAGCAUUUUCUGUCAAGCUCCCUUUAGUAGAAGAGGCUAAGGGAGAUGUGGAAUCCAUACAUAAAGCUAUGAACACAGCUCUGGAAGUCAUGAAUGGCAUAGAAGCCACAAUUACUAAAUUCUUUUUUCAGGUGGAGAAAAUUUUGUAUCUGCUUACAGAGCUUACAACUAAACUAGAACAUCAAAAGGAGAGAUUGGGAGAAAUGGCAGAGAUUGUACUCUUGGUUUCUAAACUGUUGGCAUGGGAGAGAAGUGUCAGGGUACAGCUAAUACAAGUAGUGGAAGAACCAAGAAGCAAAGAGGGUCUUAACAAAAUGCAGUACCAUAUCCAAGCAAAUUAAUCAAUACAAAGAAGAGUGACGGAAUAAAAAGAAAAAAGAAAGACGAAAAAAGGAGGCGAGAUGGUAUGAUUAGAAAAUAUCGAAAUGGAUUUAAAAAAGAAAGCAAUCGGUAAUUGGUGGUUAAAAGAGCGGCUGUCACGUGACUCACGUCCCUCAGUUCCGUUCCUGAACAAUGUACAUUUGAUAAGUUAUGACAUGUAUAGCAUGAAAUAGUUUAGUAUUAGGCUUAGAAUACAAUUUUAUGUCUUUUAAAUAAAUGUAUACCAGCAUUUUCAAGAGUGAUUUUUAUGCCAUUUAGACAA